GAAAUACUGCACCGUUCGUUGAAGGAGCAUCACACAUGCCGAGGCCGCCUCAGAAAGUUAAUUGACUGGACGUUGGGAGCGAGCGGAGGGUGAUAACGACAUUGCAGGUAGUAGGUACAUGCCUAAACAUCAGAAUCUGAGCUCGUAGUUCAUACGCACACACACCUACACCUACCCAACACGCCCGUACACACACCUCCCAAUGGCCACAGAAGCGACGAACACGACGGUCACGGCACCUCCUGCCGAUGACAACUCGCACAUUGUCAUCCGAGCGAGACAAGAGACGGCAAACACGCAGACCUUCCACGUCGGUACGCGGCGGUCCAUAUUGGCACGGAAACAAGCAGAUGAAGUGGUCAAGGCAUUGCGGGAGGCAUGGCCGGAGCACCACUUCGAGAUCCACGCCAUGAGCACCACGGGCGACAACAAUCAGAAGACUGCCCUGCACAAGUUCAACGAGAAGGCCCUGUGGACGCAAGAGCUCGAAGUCUUGCUCGAGGACGGGUCACUCGACCUCAUUGUGCACAGCCUGAAGGACAUGCCCACGCAAUUACCUGUGGGCCUGAGUCUCGGGUGCGUGACCAAGCGUGAGGAUGCACGCGAUGCCCUUGUCUUGAAACCCACCCUUGUGGACAAGGUCAAGUCGUUGAAAGAUCUGCCAGAAGGCGCAGUAGUCGGCACGUCGAGUCUGAGGAGAACGGCGCAGCUCAAGCGCUUCUAUCCUCAGCUACAGUUCCAAGAUGUCAGAGGAAACAUCGGAACGCGAUUGGCGAAGCUGGACGAUCCGAGCUCAGAUUAUUCAGCUAUAUGCAUUGCCGUAGCUGGCCUCGAGCGCUUAGGUCUGAGCCACCGCAUUGGCAGUUACUUGUCAAAAGACAAUGGCGGCAUGCUUCACGCUGUUGGUCAGGGUGCGCUCGGGAUCGAGAUUCGCUCCGACGACACGCGCACAGCAGAGUUGCUUUCCCGCAUUGGCGACGACCAAUCGUGGAGGCAAGCUCUCGUGGAACGAGCGCUCAUGCGUACAUUGGAAGGGGGAUGCUCUGUUCCCAUCGGAGUUGAGACGGAGUGGGUCUCCAAGAGUCGGAUGCAUGAUCAGCACGCGGGUGUUGGUAUCAAGCCCGCUGAGACCUAUGAUAAGGCAAGCGGCGCAGCCACCAACAUUGGAGGCACGAAAGCGCUAGAGGACGAGCUGAGCGACGAGCUCGUGAUGCGCGCAAUUGUCGUCAGUCUUGAUGGCCAGGAAGCUGCCGAGAUCGAGACCCGUCGCAGAGUCCUUACGCACGAGCAAGCCAACGAGUUUGGCUUUGAUGUUGCAAAGAUGCUGGUCGAGAAGGGGGCCGACAAGAUUCUGGCACAGGUACAGCUCAAUCGCGGUAUCAUCAAAGACCAAGGCGGCGCAUAAAAGGACAAGGAGCCUCUCUUCUACAGCUUCCAUCGCCGUAUGCAUAGAGUACAGCACUAAAUAUCACGACUACGGCAGGAUAAUUCCAUGGCCAGAAGUAUAAUGGUCUGCGAAUGUGCUUGUCAUGACCCUCAUACUCUCAUUGUACUGAUGCC